AUGGGAAACAAAGGCACGGACGAAGUCAUUUCAACCGUCAGAUCGAUCGUCGGCCUGGAAUUUUCCGACAUGGACAUCAUCCGAGCCCUCCACAUGGCUAAUAACGACCCUACAGCUGCAAUUAACAUUAUUUUUGAUAGUCCGAAGCUGUUCAAGAAACCUGAAUUCCUUAAAAAAACUGGGCUCUCUAACGGCAAUUUGAAUCCCAAGCCCCCACUUGUUGAGUCGAAUUUAGAAUUCAAUGCUAAAAGGGUGGGGAAUUCUGAUUCGGGUUUGAACUCAAAUGGGAACCUGGCCCUUAGGAGUGGAAGAAUUGAGGGUGAGGGUAAUGGUAAUAGUAAUAGUGCGUUGGGGAAAGAAAUGGGGAGGGAGUGGUGGUUUGUGGGAACUGCUGAAGUGGCGGGGCUGUCAACAUGUAAAGGAAGGAGCUUGAAUCCGGGCGAUGAGGUGAAUUUCACAUUCCCGGUUGAGAGGAAGUUGACGACACCCUCCCCUGGGAAGUUUGGGGGUGGGGGUGGCCGUGGCCGGCAGGCAGCAGCUUGCUCGGAAAUUGUACGAUUUUCAACAAAAGCUCAUGGCGAGAUUGGCCGCAUUCCAAAUGAAUGGGCUAGGUGUCUUUUGCCUCUAGUGAGGGAAAAGAAGGUUCGACUUCAGGGGUGUUGUAAAUCUGCUCCUGCUGUGCUGGGAAUCAUGGAUACUAUUAUUUUGAACAUGAGUGUGUACAUCAACAGUUCCAUGUUGCGAAAAAUCAAUCAAACUUCACUGAAGUCAACCAGUACCUCCGCAGAUGAAUCUGUUCUUCACCCUCUGCCAUCUUUGUUCAGGCUGCUAGGUCUUGUUCCUUUCAAAAAGGCACAAUUCACUCCAGGAGAUUUGUACACAAGGAAGAGGCCUUUGAACCUAGAGGAAACCUCCUUCCUGCAUAUCAAUAAAUUCAAGAAUCCAUCUUCUACAAAUGGAAAUGAAGUGGAAAACGAGGAACCAAUUUCUGAUAAUGAUCUUGACAGUAUUGUUGGUGUUUCUGAUAGCUCACACUUAGAGGAAAUGGAGCCUCCUAGUACCCUGCAGUGUGAACUUCGUCCUUACCAGAAGCAGGCUCUUCAUUGGAUGUUUCAGCUGGAGAAGGGCCGCAACAUUGAUGAUGCUGCUGCUACAACUUUGCAUCCAUGUUGGGAUGCAUACCGCCUUGCAGAUAUGAGGGAUUUGGUGAUAUACUUAAAUGCAUUUUCGGGUGAUGCUGCUACAGAAUUUCCAAGCACUCUUCAAAUUGCUAGAGGAGGAAUUUUGGCAGAUUCUAUGGGGCUUGGGAAGACUAUCAUGACUAUAUCUCUUCUUCUCUCUCAUUCUGGAAGAGGUGGAUUGUCUAGCAAGACUUCCAAUGAAAACAGUGAAUCAGGCGAUAUGUUGGAUGAUUCUCCAACAUCUUCAAAGAAAGCAACAAAGUUUUCUGGUUUUGACAAGGUUCAAAAGCAACAGAACUCGCUUGCUGGUGGUGGCAAUUUGAUUAUCUGUCCUAUGACACUUAUAGGCCAGUGGAAGACAGAAAUUGAAACGCAUGCUCGACCUGGGGCAUUGUCUAUCUAUGUUCAUUAUGGUCAAAGUAGAUCAAAGGAUGCAAAAGUUCUAGCUCAAAGUGAUGUUGUUCUAACUACAUAUGGAGUGUUAGCCUCUGAGUUUUCAACAGAGAAUGGGGAGGAAAAUGGAGGACUCUAUUCAGUGAGAUGGUUUAGAGUGGUUCUUGAUGAGGCACAUACUAUAAAAUCUACCAAAAGCCAAAUUUCCAUGGCUGCAGCUGGUCUUAUUGCCGAUCGUCGAUGGUGCCUUACUGGUACACCUAUACAGAACAACCUGGAGGAUGUUUACAGUCUUCUUCGAUUUUUGAGGAUUGAACCAUGGGGAAGUUGGGCAUGGUGGAAUAAACUUGUUCAGAAACCUUUUGAGGAGGGUGACGAGAGGGGUUUAAAGCUUGUCCAGUCAAUCUUAAAGCCAAUCAUGUUAAGACGAACAAAGUGUAGCACAGAUCGAGAAGGCAGGCCAAUUUUAGUUCUUCCACCUGCGGAUAUUCAAGUGAUAUAUUGUGAUCUUACAGAUUCGGAGAAGGACUUCUACGCGGCCUUGUUUAAUAGGUCAAAGGUAAAAUUUAAUCAAUUUGUUGAGCAAGGCCGGGUUCUUCAUAACUAUGCCUCUAUUUUGGAACUUCUCUUACGUCUUCGUCAAUGCUGCGAUCACCCAUUUCUUGUUAUGAGUCGAGGUGAUACUCAAGAGUUCUCUGAUCUCAAUAAACUUGCAAGACGUUUUCUCAAGGGCGGUCUGGUCAGCAAGGAUGGCCAGGCGAAGGACACACUGUCACGUGCAUAUGUUCAGGAAGUUGUGGAUGAGUUGCGGAAAGGGGAGGGAGAGUGCCCUAUUUGCCUAGAAGCUUUUGAAGAUGCAGUAUUAACUCCUUGUGCUCAUCGAUUAUGCAGAGAGUGCCUAUUGGCAAGUUGGAAAAGUCCUACUUCGGGUCUUUGUCCUGUUUGUAGAAAAACCAUUAGCAAGCAGGAGCUCAUAACGGCACCAACUGAAAGUCGCUUUCAGAUUGAUGUGGAGAAAAGUUGGGUGGAAUCAUCAAAAGUUUCUGCUCUUUUGUGUGAACUAAAAAAUCUCCAAACCAUGAGCUCCAAAAGCAUUGUUUUCAGUCAAUGGACUGCAUUUUUGGAUCUAUUGCAGAUUCCUCUUUCUCGGAGCAACAUUCCUUUCCUCCGUCUUGAUGGGACUCUAAACCAACAACAGCGUGAGAAAGUAAUAAAGCAAUUCUCAGAAGAGGAUAACAUCAUGGUGUUGCUCAUGUCACUAAAGGCUGGUGGGGUUGGAAUAAAUCUAACUGCAGCAUCUAAUGCUUUUGUUAUGGAUCCGUGGUGGAAUCCAGCAGUAGAGGAACAAGCAGUUAUGCGUAUUCAUCGUAUUGGACAAACUAAGAGAGUGAUGAUCAAACGGUUUAUUGUGAAGGGCACAGUUGAAGAAAGAAUGGAAGCAGUUCAAGCUAGGAAGCAGCGGAUGAUAGCCGGGGCCUUAACUGACCAAGAAGUUCGAACUGCACGCAUAGAAGAACUUAAAAUGCUCUUUACUUAG